AUGCCUGUGGAGACCCGAUCAAUAAGAGACAGAUCGGCAGUAGGACGAUUUCCAUCUGUCACGCUUGGAUUUGGGGACGACACAGAAGAUGAAAAUAAAGAAACAGAAGAAGAAGAUGUUGAAAAAGAGAAUGCAUGUCGCCGGUGGCUGCGCAAAGUCUGCCCCUGCUGCUGUCCGCAACCAAAUGACGAUGACCUGACUGACACUGUGGUCACAGGGAUUGAUGAUCUGGAUAAGGACAAUGGGACAGACGGCGAGAAGCCUGAGACUGGUGACAACGAGCUUGAUGAACUCCUUCUGAAAGUGCGAUCAAUAGACCUGAUGAAAAGCAAAUCUGGGGUCAACCGUACGGAGCAUCACACAAAUCUCUACCAAAGUGACAACUUCAUUGUCCGUAGAGGUCAGAAUUUCCAGAUGUGGAUAACCCUGUCUCGACCCUUCAACCCCAGCACUGAUGAGCUUCAUCUUAAUCUUAAAACAGGGUCGCUGCCAGCUGUGUCAAAGGGAACCCAUGUUAUUGUCCCUUUGGUGGAGGAGCUGCAGGGCGAUCGCUGGGAGGCUGCUGUGGUGAAACAGGACGACAAAAGGAUAAAGCUAUCAGUGAGUUCUUCACCCACCGCGGUUAUUGGUCGAUAUCAGCUCACAGUGGAAACAAAUGGUGCGAAUGGCCAGGCUGUUUCCACACACGACCCUGCUAAUGACAUCUACAUGUUGUUCAACCCCUGGUGUGAAGAUGACUCCGUGUUCAUGGACUCUGAAGAGGAAAGACAGGAGUAUGUCCUAAAUGAUAUCGGAAGAAUCUACUACGGUACCCAGAACCAGAUUGGAGUGAGAACAUGGAACUACGGACAGUUUGAUGAUGGGAUUCUUGCCGCCUGCCUCUUUGUCCUGGAAAAGAGUGGAACUCCAGCAUCGGGUUGGGGAGACCCAGUUAGUGUGGUGCGAAUCAUCUCAGCCAUGAUAAACUCCCCUGAUGACCGCGGUGUCCUGGAGGGAAACUGGUCAGGAGACUAUUCGCUUGGAACUACCCCAACAAUGUGGAGUGGAAGUGUGGAAAUCCUGACUGAAUACCAUAAAAACAAUGGCACCCCAGUUAAAUAUGGCCAGUGUUGGGUCUUUGCUGGGGUCUUUACUUCGGUUUUACGAUGUUUAGGAAUCCCCGGUCGAACUGUGACCAACUUCAGCUCAGCUCACGACACAGAUGUCUCCUUGACGACAGAUGUAUACCUGGAUGAAAACCUGGAGCCCAUCGAGCACCUCAACGCAGACUCUAUCUGGAACUUCCAUGUGUGGAGCGACUGCUGGAUGGCCCGUCCAGACUUGCCUCCAGGUAACGGAGGCUGGCAGGCUGUCGAUGCCACGCCUCAGGAGACCAGCCAGGGCACCUUCCGCUGUGGUCCUGCUUCCCUCACCGCUGUCCGCAAUGGUCAGGUCUUCCUCAAGCACGACUGUCCCUUUGUGUUUGCUGAGGUGAACAGCGAUAAAAUCUACUGGCAGAGAAAUGCAGAUGGGACCUUCAGUCAGAUCUAUAGUGAGAAAAAGGUCGUGGGACACUUGAUCAGCACCAAGGCUGUCGGCUCUGAUGAACGCUAUGAUAUUACACACCUUUACAAACAUCCUGAAGGCUCAUCACAGGAACGCAUUGCUGUGGAGACAGCAUGUAGCUAUGGCUCCAAAGCAGAGGCCUAUUCAUCUCCAACUGCAGAAGACAUCUCUGUGGAAGUCCUCAUGGAUGGUGAAGGCCCUCAAAUGGGAGGGGAUGCAGAACUGAACAUUGUGUUGCGAAACAGCAGCUCAGAAAAACGCAAUGUCACCCUGCACAGUCAGGUGUCAGUCAUGUACUACACCGGAGUCCACAAAUCUAUGGUCAGAAAGGACGAGACAGAUGUGGAAGUGCUGCCAAAUGAGGAGAAGACUUUUGAGUGGAUCCUAGAAUACAAAGACUACAAGAACCAGCUGAUAGAUCAGGCUGCCCUGAUGCUGACACUGUCGGGUAGAGUCAAAGAAACACAGCAAGUUCUGGCCACUCAGUUCAGUUUCCGACUCAGGACCCCAAACCUUAUUAUAAAGCCAAUCGGUAAAGCCGUAGUAGGGGAGAAGAUGGCAGUAGAGAUUUCAUUUACCAACCCUCUACCCCAGGUGCUGAAGGCAGUGGUAUUCCACGUGGAAGGACUAGGCCUUCUACCUGCUCGAAAAAUAAGUUAUGGAGAUAUUGGCAGCCAUGCCUCCGUGUCUCUCACUGAACACUUCGUGCCCACCCUUCCCGGACUGAGGAAAUUAUUGGCUUCAUUGGACUGCAAGCAGCUCACACAAGUUCACGGUGUGAGUGACAUCAACGUGGAGGACAAAAGUAACGCCGCUUAAUAGCGACCUGCACUGAAUUUUGAUACUCAUUUCUUUUAUAUAGCCACUGAUUCUCUUAGUGUCUUUGUGAAGUCAUUUUCCAUUUAUUUAUUAGACUCUCCAGAAAAACGCGGGCAAAAAUCCUUGAUUCCGCGGGCUAAAAUCCUUGAUUAUGCGAAUACAUAUGCAGGGUUUUUAUGCCAUUUUAUGCGGGGAAAUUGCGGAAGGUUACAAAGUAUGCGAAUAGUUGUGAAAUAUGCAAAAAGAUGCGAAAUAUGUAAGAACUGGGAAAAAGGUGAUUCUUCUCCUACAUCCUGUUACUAGGACACACACAUCCCUUACUGAGAUUAAAACACUUUCCUAUUCCUUUUUUAAGAAAUUGUAAUUAGGGUUUAACCACACACUCGCAUACACACCCCGGUGCGCUCCUUCACUAACACACACAGACACCCACACAACACACUCACACAGCACACUCCCUGGAGAAGUCGUGGAGAAGUGCUGCAACACGGUCGAUUUUCUUCAGUGCUCCAGAACAAUGUUGCACGGGGUGCAAAAAAGUUUCCCCCUCCCACUUCCGUGCAGUAAAUCUGGGUACUGUUUUGCCCGGUCUCUGGCUGAAAUAUUCGUAGGUAAAUGUGAUCUUUGAGCAUUCGCCAUUCUUGUUUUUCGUCUCUGAGCACCGCGCUCCGCAUCAGCUCGUGCUUCUAGUGUGUGUGUGAAUGCGCGAACUGAUGAUGUCAGGCCAGGCGUCACAUAAAAACUCACUCACAACUCCAUUUAUAUUGGUUAUAGUUUUCUCAUUUUAUGCGGAAAUUGUGAAAUAAGCGGGACCCGCAUAUUUCUCUUUUUUUUUGUGGAAAUGUGAGAUUCUUGCGGGAAUUAUGCGCUGUUUUGCAGGGAUUAUGCUGCCUUUUGGGAAAUAAUUGACCCCCGCAUAAUCAGCGGCAUUUUGGUGAUUAAUGUGGAAAUUCAUGCGAUUGCAUAAUCGCGUUUUUCUGGAGGGUCUAAUUUAUAUUGAAAGCCAGUAUUUAUAUGUACAAAGAUGUUACAUUACGGUACAUUGCAGCAGAUUAAUCAUUACAAAGAGACAACUAAUCAUUAAACAUCUAAGAGCAUUGUGCUAUUUGUGUGGUGUCACUUCAGAAAAGACAGAACCUUUUAGAUAAUAUGAAACCCAAUAUUAACUUGCAGCAAAUGGUACAGAGGGUCCUGCAGCACGCUUCUACCACAUGCAGGUGAGUAGAGUGCAACUAUGAUUACUGUACUUGAGUCCCACUGAUGUUGCAGAAGUUGUAAAGUGGCAGCUUGAAUGAAAAAAAUGUGUCUUUGUAAAGACAGAAAAGAUGUUUGCUUACAUAUAUAUAUAUAUAUACAUACUGUAUAUUUAUUUUGUUUUUUUUUGCCGUGUGAUGACAAUAAAGUGUUUUAU